ACUCAACGUCAGUCUGUCAGAGACCGUCUGAGCGCGCACACACACUGUCCCACUCUCACACACACUCCGUGGCACACACGCGCACGCGCACGGACGCACACACACACACACGGACUCGGUGUGUCGAACCCGAGACGCGACGCGGAGAGGAGAGAGCUGCUGGUUUUUCGCCUCCAACUUGUGUCUUUCUGUCUCUUCUUGUCCACCAAUGCGAGGAUUUUGUCCCUGUUGUCUCUGUGAUUGUCCCCGCUGUCCCGAACUAAGGAAACCCGGUUUAAGGACCAGACGGGAUGUAAAAUAACCCGCACGACUUGAGCAAAACAAGAAGAAAAAGAAGACAAGAGAUGGAUAAACGGAGUUAUUCUCUCGCUUUGCCUGCAGCUUUCCUCUACUUUGUACUUUUGGGAUUUACUGCCGGACAAUUCUUUCCAGGUGGCUGCACGUUUGAGGAGUCCUACAGCAGCUGUGGGUACAGCGUUUCUCUGGGAACCAAUGGAUUUACCUGGGAACAAGUCAACUCCUGGGAGAAACCCACCAUGGACCCCGCCCUGCCCACAGGAUCGUUCAUGGUGGUGAACGCGUCGGGCCGGGCCUCGGGGCAGAAGGCCCACCUUUACAUGCCCACCCUGAAGGAGAACGACACCCACUGCAUCGACUUCCUGUACUCGCUGUCGAGUCGGGACGGAGCCAGCCCGGGCACGCUCAACGUCUACAUCAAGGUGAACGGCGGCGCUCAGGGUAACCCCGUCUGGAACGCCUCGGAUACGGUCACUGAAGGCUGGGUGAAGGCCGAGCUCGCCAUCUCCACGUUCUGGCCCAACUCCUAUCAGGUGAUAUUCGAAGCGGUUUCGGUUCAGGGACAUCCAGGUUUCAUCGCCGUCGACGACAUACGAGUCCUGGCUCACCCCUGCCGUAAAGCGCCUCACUUCCUGCGUUUGCAGAACGUGGAGGUGAACGUGGGUCAGAACGCCACGUUCCAGUGCACCGCUGGAGGGAAGUGGUCUCAGCACGACAAACUCUGGCUACAGCAGUGGAAUGGUAAAGACACGGCCCUGAUGGUGACCAGGGUGGUCAACCACCGCCGUUUCUCCGCCACCGUCAGCGUCGGCGACACGUCGCAGCGCAGCACCAGCCGCUACCGAUGCGUCAUCCGAUCCGACGGCGGCUCCGGGGUGUCCAACUACGCCGACCUCAUCGUUAAAGCUCCGCCCACCCCCAUCGCUCCGCCCGAGCUCCUCGCCGUCGGCGCCACCUACCUUUGGAUCAAACCCAACGCCAACAGCAUCAUCGGCGACGGGCCGAUCAUCCUGAAGGAGGUGGAGUACCGCACCACCUCAGGGAACUGGGCGGAGACCCACGUGGUGGACGCCCCCACCUACAAGCUGUGGCACCUGGACCCCGAUGUGGAGUACGAGAUCAAGGUGCUGCUGUCCCGACCCGGCGAGGGAGGAACGGGGCCCCCGGGGCCGCCGCUGGUCACCAGGACCAAAUGUGCAGAUCCUGUCCAUGGUCCUCAGAACGUGAACGUGGUGGAUGUUCGAGCCCGGCAGCUGACGAUCCAGUGGGAGACGUUUGGUUACGCCGUCACACGCUGCCACAGCUACAACCUGACGGUGCAGUACCAGUACGUGUUCAACCAGCAGGAGUUUGCAGCGGAGGAGUUGAUCCAGACGUCGUCACAUUACACCCUGAGGGGCCUGAGGCCCUUCGUCACCGUGCGGCUCCGGCUGGUCCUCGCCAACCCCGAGGGCAGCAAGGAGAGCGAGGAGAUCGUCAAGCAGACGGAGGAGGACGUGCCUGGCUCAGUGCCCAUGGAGUCUCUGCAGAACACGCCUUAUGAAGAGAAGAUCUUCAUGCAGUGGAAAGCUCCCAACGAGACCAACGGGGUCAUCACGCUGUACGAGAUCACCUACAAGGCCCUGAGCUCUCUGGACCCCAGCGCCGACCUGACCACCCAGAGGGGCCGGGUGUUCAAGCUGAGGAACGAGACCCACCACCUGUUCGUCAGCCUCUACCCGGGGACCACCUACUUCUUCACCCUCAAAGCCUCCACCAACAAAGGCUUCGGCCCGCCCGUCACCACCCGCAUCACCACCAAGAUCGCAGCCCCCAUGAUGCCAGAGUACGAGUCUGAGGCUCCUCUCAACGAGACGGAGACCACCAUCACCAUCCUGCUGAAGCCCGCCCAGUCACGAGGAGCUCCCAUCAGCUCCUACCAGCUGGUUGUGAAGGAGGAGCGUAAGUCCAAGACGCGGCGUGCGGCCCCCGAGGCCCCCGAGUGUUUCUCGGCCCCGGUCAGCUUCCGUAACGCCUCCGUGCUGGACUCGUCCUACUACAUGGCGGCGGAGCUGCCUCCGUCCAGCCUGACGGUGGUGCAGCCGUUCACGGUGGGAGACAACAAGAGCUACGGAGGUUUCUGGAACCCUCCGCUGUCUCCGGCCAAGAGCUACAGCAUCUACUACCAGGCCAUGAGCAGAGCCAACGGGGAAACCAAAAUCAACUGUGUCCGCCUGGCUAACAAAGGUGCAUCCACUCAAGACUCAGAUGCGAUGGAGCCAGAGAAGCAGGUGGACAGCACGGUGAAAAUGGCCGGAGUGAUCGCUGGGAUCCUCAUGUUCAUCAUCAUCCUCCUCGGCGUCGUGCUCACCUUCAAACGCAGAGAGAUUCACACGUGGAGAACUCUGAGCGUGGGGAAGUUGGCGAAGAAGCAGAAGGAGACGGCCAGCAGCUCCACCCAGCAGAGGGAGAUGGGUCCGGUCACCACGGCCGACAAGAGCACCACUAAAGUCAGCACACUGCACAAAGACGACCCCUUCUCCACCUCCAACCAGGACCUCAACGGAUUCACCUCCCCCUCUCCCUGCUCUUUUUCUGUGCAGGGAAGCAAGACACUGCAGAGCAAAUCCCUGCUGAAUUCCUACUACUCAGUGUCUAAAGAGCCAGUUCCAGCCACAACUUCUAUAGACAGUAGCCAGCCGUCUCUCGCCCAGCCCUCUCUGACCCUGCAGAGUUUUCCCUACGGAGGCUGUGAGUCUGUGGAGCUCUCCUACCAGAGUGGUCAGUUCCAGGCAGGCCAGUUCCAGCCGGCUAUUCGAGUUGCAGAUCUGCUGCAACACAUCACCCAGAUGAAAUGUGGACAGGGCUAUGGAUUCAAGGAGGAAUACGAGGCCCUGGCAGAGGGACAGACGGCGCCCUGGGAAACGGCCAAGAAGGACGAGAACCGCAACAAGAAUCGCUAUGGCAACAUCAUCGCUUACGAUCACACCAGAGUCCGACUGCAGCUGCUGGACGGAGACCCCCACUCUGACUACAUCAACGCCAAUUAUAUUGACGGCUACCACAGACCCAGACAUUACAUCGCCACACAAGGGCCCAUGCAGGAGACAGUGAGGGAUUUCUGGAGGAUGGUGUGGCAGGAAAACUCGGCCUCUAUCGUCAUGGUUACCAACCUGGUGGAGGUGGGCAGGGUGAAGUGUGUGCGUUACUGGCCGGAUGAGACCGAAGUUUAUGGAGACAUCAAGGUGACGCUGAUAGAAACUGAACCACUGGCUGAAUACGUCAUAAGGACAUUCACCGUUCAGAAGAAGGGUCACCAUGAGAUCCGUGAAAUGCGCCAGUUUCAUUUCACCAGCUGGCCCGACCACGGCGUGCCCUGCUACGCCACCGGACUGCUCGGCUUCAUACGACAGGUCAAGUUCCUCAACCCGCCUGAUGCUGGGCCCAUAGUGGCACACUGCAGUGCCGGAGCAGGGAGGACGGGCUGUUUCAUUGCAGUGGACAUCAUGUUGGACAUGGCGGAGAACGAAGGCGUGGUCGACAUUUUCAACUGCAUCCGAGAGCUGAGAUCACAGAGAGUCAACAUGGUGCAGACAGAGGAGCAGUACGUGUUUGUUCACGAUGCCAUUUUGGAGGCGUGUCUAUGUGGGAAUACAGCCAUACCAGUGUGUGAGUUCAGAGCCAUUUACUACAACAUCAGCAGACUGGACCCACAGACCAACUCCAGCCAGAUUAAAGAUGAAUUCCAGACACUGAACAUAGUGACCCCUAGAGUCCGUCCGGAGGACUGCAGUGUGGGUUUGCUACCCAGGAACCACGACAAGAACCGCAGUAUGGACGUUCUAUCAGCGGACCGAUGCCUGCCUUUCCUCAUAUCUGUGGACGGAGAGAGCUCCAACUACAUCAAUGCUGCAUUAAUGGACAGCCACAAACAGCCAGCGGCUUUCAUUGUUACCCAGCAUCCUUUGCCAAACACCAUGGGCGACUUCUGGAGGCUGGUGUUCGACUACAACUGCUCCUCCAUCGUAAUGCUUAAUGAGAUGGACGCAGCGCAGUUAUGUAUGCAGUACUGGCCAGAAAAGAGUUCGUGUUGCUACGGUCCCAUUCAAGUCGAAUUCAUAUCGGCAGACAUUGACGAGGACAUCAUUAACCGAAUCUUCAGGAUCUGCAACAUGGCCAGGCCCCAGGACGGUUACCGCCUGGUGCAGCACUUCCAGUUCAUCGGCUGGCCGGCCUACAGGGACACGCCUCUCUCUAAACGCUCCAUCCUCCAGUUGGUCCGGAGGUUGGCCAAGUGGCAGGAGCAGUAUGACGGAGGAGACGGGAGGACCGUGGUACAUUGCCUUACCGGCGGAGGGCGUUCUGGAACGUUCUGUGCCAUCUGCAGCAUCAAUGAGAUGAUCCAGCAGCAGAACAUUGUGGAUGUUUUCCACACUGUCAAAACCCUGAGGAACAACAAGACUAAUAUGGUGGAGACUAUGGAGCAGUAUAAGUUCUGCUAUGAAGUCGCCCUGGAGGCCCUCAGCUCCUUCUGAUUGGCUGUUGGCUGAGAACCUCUCCUGUGAUUGGCUGUUGAAGCUGCCUGUCACUCUCAAAGCAACACCGGGACACACAGAGUGCAAAAAAAACCUGCUUGGUGUCCGCCCCAAAACCCAACCUGUGAGCAUGUGUGUGUGUUUGAGAGUGUGUGCACGUGGUUCUGUGUGAAUAAGAGAGGGGGCAUGCUUGCACAUUUUGAGUGUGCACGUGUGCAUCUAUGUGUGUGUGCCUGUGACAACACACACACACACACACAACCUGUACAGAAGAGAAAACAAGCGACAAACAUACACACUGGUGAUUUUUGUGUGUGUGUGUGUUCGCUUCAGCGAGACUGUGAACUUGUUACAUGCUUGUACAAAGAAAAAAGAAAAAAUGAUAUGUUGAAAAAACAAAAUCAGAUGUUUAAAAAAAAAAGAAAAAAGAAAAGAAAAGCGCCACUUUUUCCUUCUCUAUUUCUCUGUCCUCUCUGCUGGGCUGUGAUGUGACUAUUGUACAGUAUUUCCUUUUUAGAUAUAUUCUACGCCUUGAAUGUUGUCUCCCUGUGAAGGCUGGAUGCACACUGGAAGAUUUCUCACUUUCACUUUUUCCUGAGGUUCAAAUGAUCUCAAAUCUGCAUUUUGGACCUCUGAGAUUCAUCCCAGAUUAUUUCUAGAAAGUAAUAAGAGAUGGUGAUGUUGUUUCACUUAGCUGGAUCAAAGCAAAAAUCCAUUAUUGGUUACAAAACUUUCCAUACUGCAUCAAGUCAGUCUGACUUUCUUCAGUUUCUUCAGUUCUGCUUUUACUCGGAAAAAACACAAAAACAGAAAGAAGUAGCACAUUACAGACGGUGACCCCAUGGCAUCUGACCAAUUAGGAAGAUAAUAAUAUCAUAAUAUUAACUUUAUUGAUUAUUUCCAAUGUAAAAAUGAAAAAUUUUGAAAAAAAAUCAGCAAGAAACAGAGUUAUUCUUCAGUGACUUUUAUGAGGAGAACUUGACUAUGAAGGCAUAUUAGGGCUGAGUAUGAAUAAAAAUAAUAGUAAUAUUUUGAGAAAAAGUGGCAAAUUUACUAGAUUAAAGUGGCAAAUCUACAAGAAAAAAAUUUGCAGAUUUACG